UGUAAUGUGCAACCUUUUUUCUAUUUUUCCGUAGAUUAUUAUCAAAUAUAAAAUACUGGGAUUUUUAGCGAAAAAUUACAAGAUUUACAAAAUCAUAUCAGGUAAUUGUGACGCAGUGCAGCCAUUAAUCUGAAAUUCAUAAAGUUGGAUACAUAAGUAUUUCUGUAUAUAAAUAUAUAUAUAUAAAUAUAUAUAUAUAUAUAUAUAUUUAUUUAUAAAUGAUGAUUACAUGAAGAUUAAAAUAUAUAAAUUUUAAAUAUAUUAGAUGGCCACACCAGUAAAAUACAUUUGGACAUUGUGAUGCAAACAGUUAUUUGUUUAUAAUAACCAUGUUGUUUGAUUUUUUAAAAAAAAUCUUUAACUGGGUAGAUGUUUCACCCAAAAAACGUAAAGCCGACUCAUUAAGCGUGGAAGAAGAAUUUGUGAUUUCUAAAAAAAACCGUAGUGAUUAUAAAAGUGUAGACAUGGAUGAUGUAUCUAUUGAAGUUAAAGAUGACAGCGAUAGUGACAAUGUCCAAAGUAUAUCUAAACAUAUACAUUGUCCCAUUACAUCAUCUAGUAGAAUAAUGAAUGGUAGCUGUAAUAGUAAGGGUAAAACAUAUAUUUAUUAUUCGCCUCUUCGUAAACGUGAACCAUGUUGUGAUAAUUUAAAUACAAGUUACAUUGGCAGUAAAAAUGAUAGAGCACAUAAUGGUGAUGCUCGUCAACAAUGUCCAACAUUAACUAACACUCAUCGAUUGAAAGAAAAACGUCAAUAUGAUGAAUUACUACAAAAUUUUCUUCCGCAUAGGAUAGAUGUUAUAUGUAAUAAACAUGAAAAAAAAAGACCUGUACUGGAAGUGAUAGAAGUAAUAGAUCUAGAGAAAUCUUCGAUUUCAAAACCUGAAACAACUUCUAGAAAACGCAGUACAAUGUUACAAAUGCUUAGGAAUAAUCGCUACAGAGAAAAAAGUAACAGAGAAAAACAAGAUGAAGCAAUAGUGAAAUAUUUAGACAAUGAUAAAAUGAAUGAGACAGUACAUUCCAUUCAUGAUGAAACAAAUUUGUUGCGUAAAAAAAGUAGUAAUAUAAGCGAUAUAAUUGAAAUUAAAGAUGAAGAGGUAUCUACAAAUACAUUACGAGAUAAAUUAGCAACAAAAGCUAUAAUCAAGGAUGAUUUUGUUUCUCAAACAGCAAAAAGGUAUAAUGCGCGAAUAGAAUUACGCUACAAAGAAGUAGAAGAACUUGAAAAGUUAACAUAUGUAUUGUCUAAAAAUAAUCGUUUAGCGAGAGAAGCUGCUUUAGAAGAGCACUUAGCUCGAUCUAUGAAAUUAUGCGAGGCUGUCUUGAACGAAAGCGAAGAAUCGGAAGAGACACUGCCUAGUUUAACAGAAGAAAUGCUACAGAAUGUAAAACAUGCUCUUAUUCCUCGACCACCGGAUGAGGUCCUUAUCGAAGGUUUUGGACUAAGAAUUACAAGAAAAGAUAUUCACACUUUAGCUGAUCUAAAUUGGUUAAACGACGAAGUAAUCAAUUUUUAUAUGAACUUAUUAAUAGACAGAAGCACCAACAACAAAUAUCCAAAAGUACAUGCUAUGAAUACAUUUUUCUAUCCAAAAUUAAUCUCUGGUGGACACUCAUCCUUGAAACGGUGGACAAGAAAAAUUGAUAUUUUUGCGCAAGACCUUAUAGUCAUUCCUAUACAUUUAGGUAUUCACUGGUGUAUGUCUGUAAUUGAUUUUAGAGAUAAAACUAUUCGUUACUAUGACAGUAUGGGCGGUAACAAUUCAAAAUGUUUAUUAGCAUUACGACAAUAUUUAGAAGACGAAAGCAUGGACAAAAAGAAGCAAACAUACAAUACUAAUAAUUGGAAAUUAGAAUGUGUAAAAACAAUUCCACAUCAAAUGAAUGGGAGCGAUUGUGGCGUUUUCUCUUGUAUGUUUGCUGAAUAUAUUUGUGCAAAUAAAAAAAUCACAUUUACUCAACAAGAUAUGCCAUAUUUUCGGAACAAAAUGGUUUACGAAAUAUUAAAACGCAAGCUUUUAUAAAAUAAAUGUUAUUUUCUUGAUAAUUAUUGACUGUGAAUGACCUAAAUAAAUUUAUGUAGCUUCCAUAAAUAACAAAAUAUUUGAACAUAAAUGAUUUUACCAUUGUGUAGAAUGUUCUAAACAUCAAAAUGCAGUAUUGAUAUUGAAACAACAUUAUUGAUGUUGCUACUAUAGUACUAAACAGAGAGUUG